GGUAAGCGGGAAACGCGCGGACGGCGGCGCUGGAAGGCGCCCGGCGGCGGCCCGAAGUGGUGGGGCAGGUGGGCGUGUGGCGGCCUUUGGUGCCGGGGCGCCCGCGCCUGCAGCUCCGCAAGGCCUCGAGGAGACAGCAAAUGGCGGGGCCGGGGCUGUCGGUUGGGUGGCGGCAGCGUCCCGGGCCUUGCUGGGCCAGCGGCCCGGCCUGCCUCGGCCUCAGCGGGUCACGGCUCGUCCUCCGCUUUGCCUGGUCUCGAUCCCGGCUGCUACCGUAACGUUACACAUGUGUUCUGGCCACGUGUCGCCGCCUCCCUCAAGCUGGAUCACUUAAGCGGAUCCAACAGAAGGAAAAAAGAAAAAAAAGCUUUUUCUGUAUCAACAAGAUGAUUAAACGGGGGUAGAUCUGCUGUAAGGAGAUGAUGGGAACAGUUAACAAGGCUGACCAUGCCAGAGAGCAUGGAGCAGAAGUCACUCUUUUGGUAGUAAUCCUCAUUUAGAUGAAAUAUAUCACUAAAGUCGGCACUGUAGGCUAAAAGCAUGUGCUACCCAGUGGGCUGCCUUCUUGCUUGUUGAAUAAGCUUGAAUGUUUGUUGCUGGUGAGAUGCCAGCUUGCAAGGGGUACUGGUGGUUUCUUCAGUAUGACAGUUGAAUGCUGACCUGAUGAAACUGGUUAUUCAAAGGCCAGCUGGUAUGGUUGAUCUUUUUUUCCUCGGGAAGAGAAAUAGGAGGAGGGAGAAGAAGGUGGAAGGGAAGAUGUGGUUAAAUCUGCAAAUAAAUAGAAGAAGUUACUGCAAAGAGGUAAUGAAAAACACAGUAUUCGGGUUGCUUCUCAACAGGAAGAUAGUGAACCUACACUACAAGACAUGGCUGUACUUAUUGAACAAGUCACUGGGGUUCCAGUUCCUUUUCAGAAACUGAUAUACAAAGGGAAGUCUCUGAAAGAACUGGAACAACCAUUGUCGGCACUUGGUAUUAAAAAUGGUUGCAAAGUCAUGUUGAUUGGGAAAAGGAAUAGUCCAGAAGAAGAGGCUGAAGUAAAGAAGUUAAAAGAUUUGGAGAAGUCAGUGGAGCAAAUAGCUAAUAAGUUAGAGGAAGUUAAUAAAGAGUUCACAAGUAUCCAGAAGGGAUUUUUAGCAAAGGAUCUCCAAGUAGAAGCACUAAAACAGCUGGACAAGAGGAUAAAAGGAACUGCAGAGCAGUUCAUGAAGAUCCUGGAACAGAUUGAUGCUAUGAAUCUGCCAGAGAAUUUCAGUGAUUGCAAACUGAAAAAGAAAGGGUUGGUGAAAAGAGUUCAGGUUUUUCUUGCCCAGUGUGAUACCAUUGAAGGAAAUAUUGGUCAAGAAAUGGACAAGCUACAGUCAAAGAAUUUGGCACUGGCAGAAUAAGGCAUUGCCCUACAUAAUUAGGAAACAUAAUUGCUCUAUGAGCAAGAAGAAAAGUUUGCUCUUUGUUUUGGAGCACGUAUUCAGCCUUUGUUUGUUUUGUUUUGUUUUGUUUUUUUAAAGCCCAGUCUGUUAGACUGGUACCAGUCAGUCAUUUCUUGCUGAUUGUCUUGUUAGCCGCUUGGUUAUAUCUAUUAUUUUGAAAAGAAAAUCCUUCCAGAAGAAUGGCAGAAAUAAUCUUUGUGGUGAAUUGUUACGUAUCUUAUGGACAAAUGUUUAGUUAACUAAGUUAUAAAGUUUGCAGUGAUGGGCAGUUUUGUCUGAUAUGUCUUUGCAUUUAUUUACAGCUCAAAUCAAAGAAGGUUUAUAAUCGUACAAGUGCCAUAACUUGCAAUAGUAAGAGGACUUCAGCUUGAUUGAAAAAGGCAAACUGAGAUGACAUCUGGGAUAGUCGAACAUUCUAGUAGACAGUUCAGAGCAAUAAAAAAAUACGCAUUUGUAUCUACUUAAUGUUUGUAUGCAUUUAUAAAUAUAAGAAAGCUUGACUAUAAGGGAGUCGUACCUAUUUUAGCCUUAAAUUGUCAUAAUAAAUGGAAUGUACUGUAACAUG